ACGAAGGAGACCUUUUUUUCACUUUUGGUCAGUUGUUGGCGUCGAUUGAUUCCUUGAGCUCUCGCCUUCGUCGCAUUCUUGAUGGCAAUAAUUUAGAGGCUGAGUUGAUGAAGAAUGAUAUGCUGUAUACGCCAAAAAUUAUUGGGUUAUAUAUGACACCAUCGGUGGAGUACAUAAUUUCUGUUCUUUCGAUUUUGAGAAUUGGGGAGGCUUUUUUGCCUCUGGAUCAUUCAUGGCCACGACAUAGAAUAAUGUCAAUUAUUUCCUCUUCCAAUGUUCGUCUUGUUAUUGCAUGUGGGUCUUCGUUUGGUGAGCUGCUUCAUGAAUCACAUUGGCUUGUAAAAUGUGGGAUUUGUCCUGUGUUGUGUUUUUCCAUGGAACAGAGUGUUUCAGAGACAAUUGGGCCAUCGGAAUUAAAUUAUGUUUGGCAUUGUCAAAGCCAGAGGCAGAGAUUGUUCUGUUAUUUGAUGUACACCUCAGGUUCCACGGGAACGCCUAAAGGCGUAUGUGGCACUGAGCAAGGUCUUUUAAACAGGUUUUUAUGGAUGCAAGAUUUGUAUCCCCUGAAUGGAGAGGAAGUUUUAUUGUUCAAGACGUCAAUUAGCUUUGUUGAUCACUUACAAGAAUUUCUUAGUGCUAUUCUUACCGCUUGUUCUCUUGUUAUACCUCCCACUAUGGAGCUCAAAACGAAUUUGUUUUCUAUCAUCCAUUAUUUACAGGCUUAUUCUAUUUGUAGGCUUACCACUGUUCCGUCAGUGCUAAGGGCAAUACUUCCUUCUUUGCAAAGUCAACAUAACUUGAUUCUACAUUCAUUAAAAUUGUUAGUGCUCAGUGGUGAAGUUCUACCUUUAUCCUUGUGGAAUAUGCUUUCCACGUUACUUCCGAAUCUCUCUAUCCUGAAUUUAUAUGGGAGUACAGAGGUAUCUGGAGACUGCACAUAUUUUGAUUGCAAGAAUUUGCCAACGAUUUUGGAGACAGAGACACUUACAAGUGUACCAAUUGGUAUCCCUAUUUCAAAUUGCAAUGUAGUGCUUGUUGAAAGUGAUACUGAUACACCUAAUCACGGAGAAAUAUAUGUUGGUGGUCUCUGCGUUUCUAGCGGAUACUUUUCUGAAUCAACUUCUAUGUCUUCAGAGUUUGUCAAGCUACAUAAGAAAUCGAUUUGUAACUAUUCUGUCAACUGUGGAAGCGUACUGUACUUCAGAACUGGUGAUUUUGCCCAAAGACUUCAAAGUGGUGACUUGGUUUUCUUGGGUAGAAAAGAUCGCACUGUAAAGGUUAACGGGCAACGUAUGGCUUUAGAGGAGAUUGAAUAUACACUAAGGGAACAUCCAGACGUAGUUGAUGCUGCUGUGAUAUCUCGCAAUGUUCAGGGGGAGCCUGCACUCCUUCAAGCAUUUAUAUUGUUACAAGAGAAGGAUAAAUCUGGGGAAAUAUGUAUAGAAUCUAUAAAAAGUUGGAUGAUCAACAGACUUCCUUUAGCAAUGAUUCCUAGCCGCUUCGUCAUUAUGGAGUCAUUGCCUAUGUCUUCUAAUGGAAAAGUUGAUUAUGCAUCGUUAGCGAGUAUAAAUGUCACUGGGUCUGCUCAUGAUAUCAUCAGUGAGACCAAGACUGAUGACCUUUUGAAAGUUAUCAAAAAGGCCUUUGCUGAUGCUUUGAUGAUCGAAGAGGUUUCCAACAGUGAUAAUUUUUUUAUUGUGGGUGGUGAUUCCGUUGCUGCAGCACAUGUUGCUCAUAGUUUAGGGAUAAAUAUGAGGAUGGUUUACACCUUUCCAACUCCAUCCAAGCUUCAUAUUGCUCUUCUUGAGAAAAGGGGGUCAUUUAAUGUAGAUGUUAGAGCAGAUGCUAAUUGCAAGGUGGAUCAAGAAGCUGAUGUGGGGAAUGCAUUUCAUUCAUUUUAUUACUCAAAUGAUGAUAUACUUACACGAGGGUUGUUGACGGCUUCAUAUAAUGAAGAUGUAAAAGUUAUACCCUUAAAACAUUUGAAAGUGGAUUCAAAUAAAGAUGUCACUCCAAAGUUUACUGGUCAAAAGGAUGGGUUUUCAUGGAAUGCGCCAUCACCACCCGUGCCAUGUUCAUUCAGUCGUUGCAACAAGGUUAUGUAUGACGAGAAGUAUAGGGGUAAUCAUACUUGUCAAGUAACCUGUUCAGUUGAAGUUCCAAGAGAGAGAAAAGUUUAUAUGCAAGAAUUGUGGAAAGUUCACUUGGAGUCUUGUGUUGAUGCAUCUCCAGUUGUUGUCCUUAAAGAUUCAGAUAUUUAUCUCUUUGUUGGGUCCCACUCACACAAAUUUCUUUGUAUUAAUGCUAAAAGUGGUUCUGUCCAAUGGGAAAUCAAACUAGAAGGUCGAGUUGAAUGUCCGGCAGCAAUUGUUGGUGACUUUUCUCAGGUUGUUGUUGGAUGCUACAAAGGAAAAAUAUAUUUUAUGGAUUUAUCAAACGGCCAUAUAUGUUGGACUUUCCAAACUUGUGGUGAGGUAUGA